CGCCGCGUCACAUGAACGCCAGGACCUGAGCACUUCUUCGGCCCGACCAGAGGCGUCUGUGUGUGCACGGCAGCAGGGCCCGAAACAUCCCCCCCGAUCCCCGGUUUCUCUCCGGUUUUCGCUAGAUUUUCGCGGUUCCUCGCCUAAUAACCUCAUCCCCCCUUCAAACAAACAUGUCGGCCACCAACCCCGCCACCCCCGAGUACGGGCCCUUCUUCGGCGUCAUGGGCGCCGCGUCGGCUGUGAUUUUCAGCGCCCUGGGCGCCGCCUACGGGACGGCCAAGUCCGGCACGGGUAUCUCGGCCAUGGCCAUCAUGAGGCCCGAGCUCAUCAUGAAGUGCAUCAUCCCCGUCGUCAUGGCGGGUAUCGUCGCCAUCUACGGGUUGGUCGUGGCCAUCCUCAUAGCCAGCUCCCUCAAGUCGGCCUCGGACGGCUACACCCUGUACCUGGGCUUCAUCCACAUGGGCGCCGGGCUGUCCGUCGGCCUGGCCGGCCUGGCCGCGGGCUUCGCCAUCGGCAUCGUGGGUGACGCGGGCGUGCGGGGCACGGCGCAGCAGCCGCGCCUCUUCGUCGGCAUGAUCCUGAUCCUCAUCUUCUCCGAGGUCCUGGGUCUCUACGGCCUCAUCAUCGCCGUCUUCAUGUACGCCAGCAACUCCACGUAGACGCCGAGCCGAGGACGACCAGAAGACGGCAUCGGGCCGUCCACUCACCCCCCACGCCCCCGCCAAAGAAUCAAAAAAAUAGUUUUUUCUCGAAUCUUGUCAUGUUGUCGUCUUGCGUGACCGGUACCGAGAACCCUUAUUUUUCCCCUUCGAUUUCAAGCCCCUAACGCGCGCUCAAGACGUCGUUUGUAAGAUAAUAAUAGUAAUAAUAAUAAUUUAAGACUGUAACUGGGUCCGGCCCUGAAAUCACCCCAGGCCGAGGCAAGGACCGUAAAGCCCGUUUUGUUGAUUAAAGUUUUCUCCGUGCGAUGUGAAGGGAAAUUUGUAUGAGUAUCAUCAUGCGGCCUAUGACUUUGAGAAUCAAUCACAACUUGCUGGGUUUCAAAGUUUUAAAGUUAAAAGCUGUACUAAAAUCUGACUGGGCAGGUAAUAGUUUACCCGGGAGUGCCUACAGUGUUUCUUAAGGUGAAUAUUUAGACUAUGUAAAUAUUCACUUUAAACAACACUGUAGGCACUCGCGGGUAAAAAAAACGCGAGUGAGAGCGAAAGUUUCAUCGUGUUCCAUAACUGCACAUUCCUGUACAUAACGGUUACAUUGAUAAUAAAGUAAUUAGACUCAGAA